AUGAACACGGAGGAGUUUCGAAAGUACGGUAAACAGAUGAUCGAUUACAUCUGCGACUACGGGCAGACGAUCGAUACGCGCGAUGUCGCCCCGACGGUGGAUCCCGGGUUUCUACGCAAACUGCUGCCAGACGAGGCACCGCAGAAGGGCGAAGACUUCAAGCGCAUGCUGGACGACGUGGAGACAAAGAUCAUGCCGAACAUGGUGCACUGGAACCAUCCGCGCUUUUUCGCGUACUUUCCGGCCGGCAACUCGUACCCUUCGAUCCUGGGAGACAUGCUGAGCAGUGCGAUCGGGUCAAUUGGCUUCUCAUGGGCAUCAAGUCCGGCGGCGACCGAGCUGGAAACGAUCGUCCUCGAUUGGUACGCGAAGGCACUCGAUCUGCCGGCGUUCUUCCGCAGCGAUGCCAAGAAUACCCGCGGCGGAGGCGUCCUGCAAGGAUCGGCGUCCGAGUGUGCCCUCGUCUGCAUGAUGGCGGCCCGUGCCCGCACGAUCAAGGAGCUGAAGGGCAACCACGUGGACGUGCACGACAGCGUGUACCUGCCGCAGCUCGUGGCGUACGCAUCGAAGGAGGCGCACUCUUCGAUCGAGAAGGCGGCCAAAAUGGCGAUCGUCAAGCUGCGCGCCCUCGACACCGACAGCCGUGGAGUGUUCCGCGGCGACACGCUGCGCCAGGCGAUCCAGGAAGAUCUGGCUCAAGGACUAACGCCCUUCUUCGUCGUCGCCACCGUCGGCACGACGUCUGCCUGUGUGUUUGACAACCUGGUCGAGAUUGGGCAAGUGUGCCGCGAGGUACGCAGCAUCUGGUUCCACGUGGACGGUGCGUACGCCGGCAACUCGUUCAUCCUGCCCGAAAUGCGCCGCUUCAAGGAGGGUCUCGAGUAUGCCGAUUCGUUCAACACGAACCCCAACAAGCUGCUGCUGACGAACUUUGACUGCUCCGCCAUGUGGGUGAAGGACGUGAAGUCGCUCACCACGGCCCUUGCCGUCGAUCCGCUAUAUCUCCAGCACGAUCACAGCAGUGCGAUCGACUACCGGCACUACGGCAUUCCGCUGAGCCGCCGGUUUCGGGCGCUGAAGCUCUGGUUCGUGUUCCGCUCGUACGGAAUCGUCGGUCUGCAGAAGUACAUCCGCAACCACAUCGCGCUAGCAAAGCGCUUCGAAACGCUGGUCAACUCGGACGAUCGGUUCGAGGUGCGAAAUGACGUCAACCUUGGGCUGGUGUGCUUCCGGUUGAAACAGACGGACCGCAUCAAUCGGGAUCUGCUGGCGAGAAUCAACCAAUCGGGCAAGUUUCAUAUGACGCCCGCCAUGGUGCGUGGCAAGUACAUCAUCCGGUUUUGCGUUACGUACGAGCACGCCACCGAGCAGCACAUCGAUUACGCCUGGGAAGAAAUUAAAAACUACGCCGAGGAAACGUUGGUCGCCGAGUGCCCGGAGGAGAUCCAAGAACCAUCGACGGCCGCCAAGAAGCCCCCGAAGAAGCUUACCCGCAGCAUGUCGACCCGGUUCUCGUUCACGCGCAGCGUUUCGAAAGAGAUUUUCGAGCGACAAAACAGCCGCUCACAACUCACGGAUGGUUGCACUCCGAUCGUUAUCAUCGACACGGACGACAUCCUGGAGAGCUUGCAGCGCGCCUCGCGCAUGAAUGGUGAGCGAACCUGCAACGAAACCUACGACGACACCGACAGCACGGAUGAGGCCAGCAACUGA